AUGUCUAUUGCAAUAAUGAAGAUUAUACAGUUGACACUCUGUUUUGCCUUCAUUUGUGGUGUUUAUAGUUCUCAUGUUAGCGAAUCUGCAAUGGAUGAUAUUGAACAAGUCAACAAAGGUGGGAAUUAUGAUCAAGUGGAUAUGAAACUAACAGAAGAACAACGUGCGAGUUUCCAUUCUAUAAAAAGCAACAAUCGAAACAGAAGAUCAAUCUAUGAUAAAAUGUAUAACGCUAGAUGGUCUAAAGCUGUUGUUCCCGUUACCAUAAGUUCCGAGUUUGGUGAAUCCGAAAAAGCAACAAUAUAUAAAGCUAUCAGGAAUAUCGAGAGCGUCUCCUGUGUUCGUUUUAAGGAAUAUCCUGCAGCUUCUGCUCCCGUGGAUCACGUGGAUAUCUACAGAGGGUCCGGAUGCUGGUCGUAUAUUGGUCGGACUGGAGGACGUCAAGAUUUAUCCUUGGGUUAUGGUUGUGUCCAUGUACAUACUGUCAUUCACGAGCUUUUGCAUGCUCUUGGUUUUUUCCACGAACAGUCACGGCCAGAUAGAAAUCAAUAUGUCACCGUUAACACAAGGAAUAUUAGAGCAGGAUAUGAAUCAAAUUUUGACAUUUCUGAAUAUUCCCACAAAGAUGGAUUUGGUGUUAAAUAUGAUUCAGAAUCUAUCAUGCAUUAUGGAAGGUACGUAUUUAAACUCUGGGGUUAUGAUAUAAAUACCACCAGCCACUAA